AUGUUUGGUAAUGUUCUGAAAGGAAUUAGACGCUGUUAUCUGUCUAGAGAGGCCUUCCGUCUUCCCACUGUAAUAAUUGGUAGUGUUUCUUAUUCAGGAAUCUUCAGUACCAUGAGACAAGUCAAGGUUAAAGGCAUGUCUGGUUUUUGUUCUCUAGAUUCUGGUGGAGAAUCUCACAUCUUACAAUUUGAAUCAGCUAGUGAAAGCCGUAGACAUUCAUCCUUAAAUGUGCAGUUCACUCCUGAAAUAGAAAAGAAGUAUGUCCAUCAAGUUUAUGAUGCUGUCGCACCUCAUUUCAGUUCGACCCGGUUUGCUAAGUGGCCAAAAGUAGCCAAUUUUCUAUCUUCCUUACCUUCAGGAUCUCUUGUUCUUGAUGCAGGAUGUGGAAAUGGAAAGUACUUGGGAUUUAAUCCUGAUUGUUUUUUCAUUGAAUGUGAUAUAAGUGCUCCUCUUAUCAAAAUUUGUGCAGAUAGAGGGCAUCAAGUAUCGGUUGCAGACGCCGUAGAUCUUCCAUAUAGAACUGGUUUUGGUGAUGCAGUUAUAUCUAUACCAUGUUUUCAGUGAAGGCGAGCU